AUGGACCAAGAAUAUGAUAUCGAAUGUGCUGAAAUAUGCGAUGUAUGCCCAAAUUGUUCGUGGUGUAUCCGGUCAGCCCGUGCAACGAAAAUCAACGGAGGAGAUGUGCUGCAAGAGGAGACUGGAGUUGUUGAAAACUUGCUCAUUGAACCGUAUGUGGGAGAAGUGGUGAGGUGCCAAGUGGAUCAAAUGCUGGCCAUACUGGGUUCGACACCAAUUCAACACGAUUUCACUUCGACUCUCCAAACGACUAUAUAA